CGGAGCUCUCGCGUUGGCUGUCGGGAUCGCUGGCCGCUUUGGUUAAUGUCCGCCAUGUUUGCCAUGGCGCAGGGAGCGGAUCGAGCGAGCCCGGCGCGGAUCUAGGGCUGCGGGGCGUGCGCUGUGAGCUACGGGCGGCCCCGCGGAGAGCUGUUCCGGGGCGGCGGGACCCUCCAUGGUGUUGCGGGCCGGGUGCGGGAGCGGCUGGGAGGCGGCGGCGCGGCCGCAGUGAGGGGCCCCCCCGCCCGCCCGGCCCCGGGGUGUUAUUGUGAGGGGGAGACAAUGAGCAAACUCUCCUUCCGAGCCCGGGCGCUAGACGCCGCCAAACCGCUGCCCAUCUACCGCGGCAAGGACAUGCCCGACCUCAACGACUGCGUCUCCAUCAACCGGGCUGUGCCGCAGAUGCCCACGGGCAUGGAGAAAGAGGAGGAAUCGGAACACCAUUUGCAACGGGCUAUCUCAGCACAACAAGUCUUCAGAGAAAAGAAAGAGAGCAUGGUUAUCCCAGUUCCUGAAGCAGAGAGCAAUGUCAACUAUUACAAUCGUUUGUAUAAAGGAGAGUUUAAGCAACCAAAGCAGUUCAUUCACAUUCAACCCUUUAAUCUGGACAACGAACAGCCAGAUUAUGAUAUGGACUCUGAGGAUGAAACCUUACUGAACAGACUAAAUCGGAAGAUGGAAAUCAAGCCGUUGCAGUUUGAAAUAAUGGUUGACAGGCUUGAAAAAGCCAGUUCUAGUCAGCUUGUAACACUUCAAGAAGCUAAACUGCUGCUAAAUGAAGAUGAUUACCUUAUUAAGGCUGUAUAUGACUACUGGGUAAGAAAGCGUAAGAAUUGCAGAGGGCCAUCUCUCAUCCCCCAAAUCAAACAAGAAAAGAGGGAUGGCUCGACUAACAACGACCCUUACGUUGCCUUUCGGAGGAGAACUGAGAAGAUGCAGACAAGAAAGAAUCGAAAGAAUGAUGAAGCUUCUUAUGAGAAGAUGUUGAAAUUAAGAAGAGAGUUUAGCAGAGCCAUAACAAUUUUGGAGAUGAUCAAGAGAAGAGAGAAAACAAAACGCGAGCUAUUGCAUUUAACAUUAGAAGUUGUAGAGAAAAGGUAUCAUCUGGGUGAUUAUGGAGGUGAAAUCCUCAAUGAAGUGAAACUCAAUAGACCUGAAAAAGAGAUGAGCACAACUCCAUCCACUCUUCAUAAUGGAAAUCAUCACAAAGUUCAAGAAUGUAAAGUUAAGCACCCUCAUCAUUCAUCUCUAAAGGAGGAGGUGUCAGAUGUUGUACGUCAAAAGAAGAAGUAUCUAAAGAAACCUAAAUUAGAGUGUGUGGUAACUCCUCAACAGCCUUCUACUGACCCCUUGCCUGUUGUCAAUAAGAGUGAUAUUAAACAGUAUGACUUCCACAGUUCAGAUGAAGAGGAGUUCCCACAGGUACCCUCACCAGUAUCAGAAGCAGAAGAAGAAAAUGAUCCUGAUGGACCUUGUGCUUUCAGGAGAAGAGCAGGAUGCCAGUAUUAUGCUCCUCGUUUGGACCAAACUAACUCUUCAUAUGAAAAUUCAGAAUUGGCAGAAUUGGACAAGCUGAGGUUCAGGCAUUGCCUUACAACCCUUACAAUUCCAAGGAGAUGUAUAGGAUUUGCAAGAAGACGAGUUGGCAGGGGUGGAAGGGUUUUAAUGGACCGAAUAUCUACAGAGCAUGAUCCUGUCUUGAGACAGAUUGACCCGGAAAUGCUGAAUAGUUUUUCAAGCUCUUCCCAGACUUUAGACUUUUCUUCUAAUUUUUCACGGACCAAUGCUUCCAAUAAACGUUGUGAAAACAGACUGUCCCUUUCUGAAAUACUAAGCAAUAUCAGAUCGUGUCGACUGCAGUGUUUUCAGCCAAGGCUACUAAAUCUACAGGACAGUGAUAGUGAAGAAUGUACCUCAAGGAAACCAGGGCAGACUGUGAAUAAUAAAAGAGUUUCUGCAGCAUCUGUAGCUUUAUUGAACACCAGCAAGAAUGGCAUAUCAGUAACAGGGGGUAUCACAGAGGAACAGUUUCAGACACAUCAACAGCAGUUAGUUCAAAUGCAGAGGCAACAACUUGCUCAGCUUCAGCAGAAACAGCAAUCUCAGCAUUCCUCACAACAGACGCAUCCAAAAGCACAGGGCUCAAGCACCUCUGACUGUAUGUCGAAAACACUUGAUUCAGCCAGCGCCCACUUUGCUGCAUCGGCAGUGGUCAGUGCACCUGCUCCCAGUCGCAGUGAGGUAACGAAGGAACAAAACACCAGCCACAACAAUAUUAAUGGUGUUGUCCAGCCUUCAGGAACCUCUAGAACUUUGUACUCCACCAACAUGGCUUUAUCAUCCAGCCCAGGGAUUUCAACUGUACAGCUUGUAAGGACAGUCGGCCACACCACCACAAACCACUUAAUUCCAGCAUUAUGCACAAGCAGCCCUCAGACGCUUCCCAUGAACAAUUCUUGCCUGACUAAUGCAGUGCAUCUCAACAAUGUCAGUGUUGUUU